AUGUUAAUGAGGCUACUAUUGCUGGUGUUGCCUUGUGUGGUAUGCCAGUGUCCUGUUGGUCAAAGGGCUACUCAGAUACUUCUGCCAGUCCUUCAUAAAUAUUAUCAUGCUGGAGACCUUAAUAUUGCUGGCAUUACUUCUCAGAAUUAUGUGCUUUCACAUUCAAUAACAUUUCACAAAGCUCCCUCUCCUGAACUCUUUGAUGAUAUUAUGGUAUUGACUCAGCAUUACCAGCAUAUUCUGGCACUGGUAUUCACUGUGAAAGAAAUCAAUGAAAACCCACAUAUUUUGCCAAACAUCACUGUGGGAUUCCAGAUCUAUAACAGCCAUUUCAGUGCUAGCUGGACUUAUCUUGCCACAAUGGAACUUCUCUCAUCUUGGAAGAGAUUGAUUCCAAAUUACAAGUGUGAUAAAAACAAUGUAGUUGCAGUCAUUGGGGGACCUAAUUCAAAUGUCUGCCUUCAUAUGGCCACCAUCCUAGGUAUCUACAAGGUUCCACAGCUGUCCUAUGGUUCUGCUCCAGUGCUGGAUUACAAAAACCAAGAUGCUUUUGUCCAACAGAUGGUCCCCCAGGGCAUCCAUCAGUACAAUGGGGUUCUUCAUUUACUUCUUCAUUUUAGAUGGACAUGGAUCGGAGUGCUGUAUCUCGAUGAUGACAAUGGGGAGAGAUUUGUGCAGAAUGUACUUCCAUCAUUUUCCCAAAGUGGCAUCUGCUUUGAUUUUAUUCAAAGACUACCCAAACAAGGAUUUUCUAAUGCUAUUGAAACCCUUGUGGAAGAUGGGAUUAAAACAUACAAGAUCAUCAGCAGGAACACUUCUAAUGUCUUGGUCAUACAUGGAGAACUACAAACAAUGUCAAUUCUUAUCCUGCUGCUAGGAAUGCCAGAAUAUCUUGGCAUGGACAAAUCAAAAGGAAAAGUCUGGAUUAUGACAGCUCAGAUGGAUUUUGUGUCUUACUCUUUUAAAAAACCACAUGACAUAGACUUCAUCCAUGGUGCUAUAUCCUUUGCAGUUCACUCAAAGGAUGUGUUAGGAUUCCAGACUUUUCUUCAGAGCAGAAAUCCCACUUCAGAAAAAGAAGAUGAUUUUCUCCAGAUCUUUUGGGAACAUGCAUUUGACUGUUCUUUACCCAAACCCAACAUAGACAUCAUGUCUGGGAGAACUUGCACAGAGAAGGAGAAACUGGAAAGUCUUCCUGGGACUCUUUUUGAAUUGAAGAUGACUGGCCACAGCUACAACAUCUACAAUGCAGUCCACGCUGUAGCACAUGCUGCACACUUUAUGUAUUUAUCACAAUCCAAACAGAGACAAAUAGGAAAAAAUGAGCAGCAGCAGAAUCUUCUCAGUCAAGUCUCCUGGCAG